AUGAAGAGCUUCCUGACGACGUUUGCCGGCGGAGCACAAGCCGCUGUAGGUGGCGAUGCCGACUUUGAAACGUUUCUGGGGAUGGAACGCGAGCUCCUUCAGGGGGGCGUGGAAGAACUCGCGGUGCAUGGUGGUGUUUUCGGGGGCAGAAAUGACGUUGAAGUCGAUGGUCUCGCUGCCGACAAAGAAUAUGCCGAGGUUAUCCUAUGCGGGGUUGUUGAGGCCCUGUGA